AUGGCGGACCAUCAGUGUAUUAUCUGCCUGGACCCCCUGGAGGUCGAGCCAGAGGGGUCAGCCCCACCAACACCAGCGCAGCUCAAGCUGCUCCAAGAUCUCAAGGAUCAGCACGAACGGCUGGCCAUUGAGGAUCCGGAGGCAUUGCACAAAAUCAAUGAGAAGACUGCAACUUCGGGCCCUGGUAGCGAGUCCUAUGUCGCUGAGAUUCUCGCCUGCGGUCACAUGCUGCACGACUCAUGCCUGCGCGAGUGGAGCGACAAGGCGAAUAGCUGCCCCAUCUGUCGCCAGACAUUCAACAUCGUCAGGGUAUAUGAGAAAGUCGGAGGCAAGUAUUUGUCUACCCGUCGGGUCGAAGACAAAAAGCAGAUGCCCGAGUUCGACUUUCGAGCAUGGGCCGAAGAGAACGACGAAGUCUGGGACGACGACGACCUCCCCAGCAACCCUUGCCCCGUGUGUAAUUCGACCGACCACGAAGAGGUCCUGCUCCUUUGCGACGGUUGUGAUGCGUGCUAUCACACGUAUUGUAUUGGGCUUGACAGCAUCCCUGCUGGCUCCUGGUUUUGCAUGGAGUGCGAGCAUGCUCUCGGGCCUGAUCUCAGCCAAUCUAGGGAUGGCGCAGAGGGUAACCACCCUGGGCCACGUCGGCUCUACUACUUCCCACGCACUCAGGCUAGUAUGCGGCGAGCUAGGCAACGCGCUCGGUCUGACGAUUGGCAGGGUGCUUGGGGCCGCAUCACAGGUCACAUCUGGGAGGCUCUCGAAUUGGACCUUGAUUAUCACGAUGAGGAUCCCGAAGUUUUUGAGGGUCUGCGUCGGUCGCGUCAGCUUCGCGAGCAGGAACGAAGGGAACAUGAACGUUGGCUGCAGCGUUUGAACAUAGCUAGUCGCUUGGGCGCCCGCGAAGUGUUCAGGAGUAACCUUCCCCAGUUCGCACGUCCAGAGCCUCCGCAGCCGCAAGAUACACAAGAAUCGCGCAAAGAACAGUUGGCAUGGUCGGCUUUGGAAAAGGCGAGGGAGUGCGAGUCUAGAAAGCGGUCUCGCUCAGCCUCGGCUGAACCGCAGGAGGAACAUCAUCAUGAGCCCGAAAGGAAGCUAAAACGCCCUCGUACUCGCCGGCUACCCCCACACAACCACACUAACGGCGAGUCAUCCACAGCGGGAAAGAACUUGGCCGGUCCUUCACAUCGAGCGGACGCUGCUCCCUCCGACGCCCAGCCAUCCUUCCUGUCUGCCCUUCUCAAAGAGGUCGAGAUGAGCACUCCGUCUGAUGAAGAAACUCUCGUCAACAUGUUCGGCCCUAUUCCCGGGGCACACUCGCCGGCUCGCUCACCAUCGAUCGGGACAAUUACCCCUCCGCGGGCGAGUUCUCCCCAGAUGACUCUGAGCUCUCAUAUUGGACCUAACUACCCUCCGGCUCACUAUUCCCCAACACGUGCCUCAUCAUCUGCCUCGAGCCGACAACAACUACCGUCUCCCAAUCGAAAGCUACAACCAUCCCGUGGCCGGCCGUCAUCUCCCGAAAACAGCGAUUCGGAGUCUCGGGGCUGCGCACUUCGUCAGGCAGCUCAAAAGUCAGCUCCACAGUUGGUCCAGUCAACAGUCCACCAUCGCCCCUUGGAGCUUCGCCAGCCACAGCCCCGCCGUGCGCAAAACGUUACGCUGUCGCGCUCGGAGAACACCUCGCCGACGAGGAGCAAUCUGCCGUUAGAAAUGAAGCAGAGCAUCAGUGAGAUUGUACGCACGGCUCUCAAGCCGCAUUGGCACUCACGAAAACUCACGGCAGAGCAGUACGAAACAAUCAACCGCGACGUAUCGCGUCGCAUAUACGAGCAGGUGAAGGACCCAUCCGCUGUCAACGAAGAGAUGAAGCAACGUUGGCAGAUCACAGCAACACAGGAGGUAGCAAGGGCGGUUGCGUCACUUAAGGCGUAG